UUUUGUAUAAGCCCAGGAACGUACUACAAUGUUUUUGUAAUCUCCUCACGAAUCCAAAACCCAUCCCGAAACCGGAUUCGAAUAGUUCAGUAGUUUUAAAGAGCUGCUAUUUGCGCAAUGGAUGUUACGCAAAAUCCCUGCAGUCUUUUAAAAGUGCUUUGCUAACGAGCAUUCUAUUAAUCGCCAAGCUUUGAACGGUGAAGUCGACCUGCACUCGAAUGUCUGUGAAUGAAUUUUUGUAACAGGAUAGUGAGGAGCGAUUAAACCAGUUACUGCAAUGAAAAUUUCAUUGCGAAUAUUACCUUUUUUGUUAUUUAUGCUGUUUAUAAUUCACAUAUCAGAUUCCGUUGAAGAAGAGGAAGAUGAGGAAGAUUCAGAUGAGCUCUCCAGGACGUUUAGACUGCAAGGCUCUGACCGACCCUGCUCUUACCGUCGCCGUCAGGGCUUCUGUAAAAAGCGAUCCGAUUGCAAAAGACCUACGCGUCAUACAUGCAGGAUAGGCCUUGAUCCAAUUGUCUGCUGCUUGGAUGAGAGGAAAGUAACUACUACAAUCAGAACGACGUUGCCACCGAAAACAAGAAGACCAAGUCAACCGAAGCCUAAGCCUGACAACAUUCGUGGUAUUGACUUGACCUUUCGUGGUUGUGGAACUCGGUCUCCCAAAGAUCCGGAUGCAGACAAAGUAGCUAAUAACGCCGACACCAGUGGCAGAAGAAGAGGUGGUCUGUUUUCUCGUCGAUUAGGAAAGAGAUCCAUCUUCAAUCCAGAAUAUAUUGGUCUUUCAAGAAGGCGAAGGAAUGUUCAGCACGUCAUUGUAGGAGGAGUAGCGGCCGUUGAAAAUUCAUGGCCAUGGAUG